UUUGCCUCACGGCUCAGAGCGGAUCUGACUCGCGCCUGCUGUGAUGCCCGGUGGUGUGGUUGCAUAGAAACUACGGGCGCGCGGGUGAGGGCGCAUUCAACGCGCGCCUCACUCCCCUGUCGCUGUGGCGUGUACAGAGCAGUCGGCAACGACGUUGCGGAAAAGACAGACAUGUAAAGGCGUGCCUGGAUAUAUUUAUACCCGUUUUCAAAAAGAAAGGACACAUUUAAGGUUUUUCUUCCUCUGGACAAAAUAUUGUUCGUUUUGCUGCAUGACUGCAGAAGAAGGAACGGCAGACAUGUGUUCCAAGUCUUGGAGAGGUUGAACCUGACCCCACCGCCCCUACCGCCACCCCACCUGUCCACUUCCUGCGCCUCAUGAGCAUGCCCAGUGCGUGUCCAGCAUGCCAGAGGCGUCCGGUUGGCUACUGCUGCGCGGCUCCGUGCCGGCGUGGCUCCUCCUGCCCAGCCUGGUCCUGAUGGCCGUGUGCUCCCCGCACGCGGGCACUGUCGCCGCGGGCACCACCUGCGCCCCGCGCUGCUACUGCUCCGAGUCCGAGGGCAAGACGGUGCGCUGCAGCCACCUCCACCUCACCCAUGUCCCCGCCGGCAUCCCCAACGACACGCACCGCCUCUACCUGGACUACAACCAGCUGGUCUCCGUGCCCACCGACGCCUUCCUGAGCCUGCCCCUGCUCAGAGAGCUGGACCUGUCCCACAACGACCUCUCCAUUCUGGAGCCGGGCGCCUUCAGAGGCCUGGGCCCCUCGCUCAAGUUCCUGGACCUGUCCUCCAACAGUCUGGCCACGCUGAACCCGGACGCAUUUGAGGGCGUGACGGCGCGGUCCAACCUAACGGGGAACCCCUGGCACUGCGACUGCACCCUGCAGAGCGUGCUGCCCCGGCUCGACCUGGAGCCCGUGUCGCUGACGGGCAUCGUGUGCCACUCGGCGGAGCCGGCCGACACGGGCGCGGAGGGCCAGGCGCUGCUGCUCACCAAGGACCUGGACCUGUGCGUGGUGAUGAAGAAGACCACCGAUGUGGCCAUGCUGGUCACCAUGUUCGGCUGGUUCAGCAUGGUCAUCUCCUACCUGGUCUACUAUGUGCGCGCCAACCAGGAGGAUGCCAGGAGGCACCUGGAGUACCUCAAGUCGCUGCCCGGCCUCCCGGGCAAGUCCGAGGAGUCGUCCACCAUCAGCACGGUGGUGUAAGCCGUGAAAGCCAGACGCAGAAAGACAGAAACAGGAAAUGCAUGGCUGACAUAUGCCGAGGGGCAGGCCCCCUUCUGUUUGUCUGUGUAUGAGGCUGUGGCUGUAGAUUGGAUCACAAGCAGAGAGCAGGCCUAACCUGGGCUGCUUCCACGGACGGUAUCGGUCAGUGAGUUACUGUCUGACCAGAGGGCCAUGCAGGCCUUGACCACAGCAGAGGGCAACCUUGUAGAGGAAGGAGCAGUGUGGACGUCUAGUCUGUGGAGGUGAUUAGGUGGAAAGAGGAGGAUUGUGGGUAGGGGCAGGGGUCUGUGGAAAGAGGAGGAUUGUGGGUAGGGGCAGGGGUCUGUCAGUGAUGGAACAGGACAUAGUUGCCAGUCAGUAAUGCAUGCAUUGAUGAAGUAAGGAGGGGUAAUGUAGGAGGACACCGGGGUUGGUCAGUCUAGGCUGCAUAAGAAAGUCGAGGAGGGUUAUAAGAUACAGGGGGCAGUCAGUCAGCCAUGUAGUAUGUGAUUGUGUCUGGUCAGUAUUCACUGCAGAGUCAGAAGCAAGCAUUUAAGACAAAACGCUUGCAUAGUCAGAAGGAAGGAUGUAGGGCGCAUUGGUUCGUUAGUACAAACUGCAUAGGCAGAAGAGGUGGUCACUUGUUAGCAGGGACGUGCACAGGAGGGGGCUAAGGUUACUGCCCGUUUGCCCUCCUCGACUGAAGUUGCCCCUCCGA